CCCAGUCCUGCUUUUUGUUUUUCCGUCUUUGCCCGAAACUCUCAUCUAUGUAAUUUAUUUUGAAAAUCACUCAGUUUCUGUGUAGCAUUUACGUAGUAAAGGUAGCUAUAAACACCGGGAGCUCGCGAACAAAAAUCCAAUCAACAAGACAGAAGUCUGAACCAAGAAACCCUAGAUCAUAGUCCCAGCACGUGAGAUCGUGCGAUUUGAUAUCCGAGAUGCACAAUCGCUAACAAGGCCGAAAGGAAAAACACAUUUUCCUGAGGCUCUUCUGUUCGCUUUUCUGUGGGAAUUGAGAUAAAUAGAGCUUGAACUUUCUAUACAUUUUGUUUUCUCUGCGACGGUGGGACUUAACCCGACAACAACUAACGCGAUGACGGCCGAUUCGACUAAAAAUGGGGAUACGGGCAAACCUGAAAACUGGGUCCCGGUAUUCGAAGAGAUUUUGUAUACGCCCCAGCGUAAACUGAGGAUCGUGUGCGCUGGCGCUGGGUUUAGCGGACUGAUGCUGGCGCACAAGAUCCAGCAUGAACUGAAGGCUGAGGAGUUCAUGGAUUUGCAAAUCUAUGAAAAGAACGCCGGGAUCGGAGGGACAUGGUAUGAGACGCGAUACAUGGGCGCAGCGCUCGAUGUGCCGGCGCAUAUGUACACGUUCCAAUUCGAGCCGUACACGGAGUGGUCGCAUUUCCACGUCUACCGCGACGAAGUGCUCGAGUACAUGAACCGCACCACCAAGAAAUACAACCUUGACAAGCACGUCGCGUUUGAGUCGCGGAUCACGUCUGCGCAUUGGAGCGAUGAGAAGGCAAAGUGGUUGAUUGAGGUCGAGAAAGCGGACAGGACGAUAAUCAAAGACGAAGCAGACGUCUUUGUGGAUUGCUCUGGCUUGCUGAAUAAGUGGAGAUGGCCCAAUGUUCCGGGUCUGCAAGACUUCAAGGGACAUAUUGUACACUCGGCGAAUUGGGACGAGGAUCAUGAUUAUGAAGGCGAGCGAGUGGCCAUCAUCGGGAACGGCGCGUCUGGGAUUCAGAUACUGCCGCAGAUGGUCAAGAAGGCAAAGUAUACCGCAAACAUCAUUCGCAGCCCGACUUGGAUCAUGUCGAAUUUUGGUGCCGAGUUUACACCCGACGGAAAGAACUUCAAGUUCACUGAAGAGCAGAAAACCGAAUUCCGAACAAAGCCAGAAACACACCGUAAGUUCAGACACGAGAUGGAGACCGCGACAAACAAACGCUUCCCCUCGCUGCACAAGGACUCGAAAGAACAAAAAGCGUUUGUGGAGUACGUCACCAAGAACAUGCACCGUCGACUGGGCGGGGAUCCCGAGCUGAUUGAGAAACUCGUGCCAAAGUACGAUAUCGGGUGUCGCAAGGCCACGCCUGGAGACAAUUAUCUCGAGUGCUUUGCAAACAAGCUUGCAGAUCCGAUAAUAGGUGGUAUCAAGCGGUUCACAGAGACCGGAAUCGAGCUCGACGAUGGACGCAGGUAUGAGUUUGAUGCGAUAGUGUGCGCGACCGGGUUCGACACUUCUUUUAUGCCGAAAUGGGAUCUCUCAGGACGGAACGGGGCGCGGUUGGAGAAGUUAUGGGCAGAGGCGCCAUAUGCGUACUUCAGCACGGUGCUGCCGGAGAUGCCAAACUACUUUAUGGUGAACGGGCCCAACUCCGCGUCCGGGCACGCGCUAAUCCUGACCGGGAUGGCGACGGUGGUUGAGUAUAUCUCAAAGUGGCUGAAUAAGAUGGCAGAGGAGGGCAUCAAGAGCAUCGUUGUGAAGAAGAAGUCGAUAGACGACUACAAUGUCUAUACACAGGAGUUUCUCAAACGAAUGGUGUGGUCAGGAGGAUGCGCGUCGUGGUACAAAGCCGGCAAGGAUCCGAACAGAGUGACUGCUCUGUACGGAGGGAGCAUGUUGCAUUUCAAGAAAAUCAUGAGCGCGAUCAGGGCCGAGGACUUUGAGAUUGAGUACUUGUCGAGCAAUAGUUUUAUGUUUAUGGGGAAUGGGUAUUGCGACAUCGAGGUGAAUGGCGGGGAUCUGGCGUAUUAUUUGUAGUAUUUAGGAUUCAUUUUUUGAUCUAGAAUACGGAAAUACCGAAGGAAAUUGCGUAAAAAUUAGACGACAGGCAAUUCGUAGAGCAGCUAGCAAAGCAAAUUGUAGAGAAAUUGUAGAAAUCCAGGCUACUAUUAAAG